CAAUAAAUGGAUCGCCAUUAAAGCAAAUGCAGUGACAAGAAGAUAUCGUUUCUGCACAGUUUGAGGGGAAAAUGCACUUUCUGCACGAUGCUUAAACAGGUCUCCAUCUGCCUCUGCUGGCUGAGCUGGGUCUCGACUCCUUUCUCCUCCUCUCUCCUCCUCCUUCCUUUCCUCCUCCUCUUCCUCUUAGUUUCAGCCGAGCUGAAGGAACAGAGGGCUGACACUGCCUGCUUUAAGACUCGCCCCAUUGUUGCGUAGUUUGCAAGAAAAAAAAAAACCCAACUGUCUACUCUCUCUUCUUGCUUCUAUCCAGUCUAAUUGGAACAAUUUAGACGGAAGUUUGAUCCGAAUUCUGCAGCAGUUGGGAAUUAUGGUUCUGCAGAGAGUAAUCCGUGCUGUCAUCAUGGGACCUCCAGGAUCGGGGAAGGGAACGGUGUCUGCGCGCAUUACCAAAACUUUCGGACUGCAACACAUGUCUAGUGGGGACAUUUUAAGAGCCAACAUCAAGGAAAAAACAGAGCUCGGCCUGUUGAUGAAGUCCUGCAUUGAUCAGGGACAGCUGGUACCUGAUGACAUCAUGUCUCGUCUCAUCCUGAACGACUUGAGGAAGAUAGACAACAGCGGCUGGCUGCUUGAUGGAUUUCCUCGGACUGUGUCCCAGGCAGAGGCUCUUGAUCAUGUCUACUCUGUAGAUACAGUCAUCAACCUGAAUGUACCUUUCCAGACCAUCAAGGAAAGGCUGACCUCUCGUUGGACUCACAUCCCCAGUGGCAGAGUCUAUAAUACAGAUUUCAAUCCACCUAAAGUUCCUGGUUUGGAUGAUGUGACAGGGGAGCCUCUGGUCCAGAGAGAUGACGACAGACCACAGACGGUCACACGGAGACUGAAGUCCUACGAAACCCAGACAGAGCCCGUCCUAGAGUACUACAGGAGUAAAGGUGUGCUGGAGACCUUUACGGGGACAGAAACCAACAAGAUAUGGCCACACGUUGAAGCUUUCCUCCACAGAAAAUUCUCCAGCCUCAGUCAAAAGGCUGCUUAGCCUCAGUUAAGAACAAGAACGCCAGAAUUUUACUGAUGGAAAACCACACUGUCCAAUCAAAAUGCAGCAUGUUAAUACUGGAGCACAGAUGAAUUGGGUUUUUAAUAAAAGUUAAGCCCUUAAAUUUGUAAAUGGAGAUUAAGCUAUUUUACGGAGUAAAACUACUACAUAUGUUAGAAAAAGUAUUUUUAAAUCCAAUCUUCGAGCUCCUGUGUUGUAAAAAUAAUUUGGGGGUAAUUCAGAUGAGUGUGUGCAAAACCUUUUUAAGGAUUCGCUGUUAGUGUGUCCACUUUGUGCCUUUUAUAAAGCCAGAAGCUAAUGGCUGAAUCGAAAAUGAAGUUUUUGCAACACUACAUCAGGGAUUAGUUUGCACAAGUGACUGCAAGAAGAAGGCGGGAGCUUUCGGUACCCCCGGGUAAACACAACCAGCAUUAGUUCUUCUCUUGUAAUCCAAGCACACACUACCUGAGGCAUCAGCAACAGACUUUUUUAAAUGAUAAAUCCUGGAUGGGAAGCUAUUUUUUGUAGUGUAACGAGUGUGUACAUCUGCCUAAUGAGGACGUUUUCUGCAGUGGCUAGUUCCUCUAAACACAACAUGCUGUUGGGUUUUAGUUCGAUUUAUGCACACGUGCCUUUUGCUGCCUUUCACCGGCUGUUUUGACAAAGAUAGUCGGUAAAUACAUUUUUUUCCUCUAAUCAUGGACCAAUUUAAAUAAUUUAUAAACUGACAUGUAUUUUAUAAUUUUUAAUUCUUACAACAAAUGUGUUGUAUAACAGCUUCUUUCAACCACCUCAGGUCUUACUAGUGAUGCCUCUGAAACACCAUUUUUUUUUAAGUCAUAAUCCAUUCAUUGUUGCUACUAUAUUCCUUGUGAGCAUUUAUUUUGUCUGACCCAACCGUGGAAUAAAACAUGAACACAUACAUAGACACAGGUUAUGCAGGGUUAAAUGUUGUUGGAAGGCAUCAGCUUGCAGUUUUUGCACAUUGUUCUGAAUGUUUGCCCUGUUAGAAAAGCCUUAAUAAUGCUUCUAUGGAGUGUGUUGUAUGUGGUCAUUCUGGUUUCUUAAACACUUUCAUGCAUUGCUGAAAUACAGAAACGUUCUUUUCACAUGCAACUCAGAUAUUUAAGAAUCACAAUAAACUUCUUGUACAGUG